AUGGAUGGGAAGACCCCCAGUCGAGUUCAUUCCUCAUUGGGUAUAGGGUCUUGUUUGAUCGUUCCUCUCCAGUUCGUCCCUGGAUUGAAUCCCGACCCCAAGCAGCAAGUGACGUUUUUACGAUCUAAUCCACCCGCGUCACUCUUAAAGAUCCCCGGUGGAGUUAUUGAUUCCCAAUUCCUAACAAGUGGCAGUCCCUUUAGCGGGAACAACUUGUAUUUGUUACCCUCAGUAAAGGGAGAAUUGAAACCCUUUAUUCUUUGUAUCCAGGAGACGAAAUUGCAAAAUCUCGAUGACUUUCUUUGUAAGACUCUCUGGGGCAGCUCUCCUCACGGGUUUUCUUACCGCCCAUCAAUUGGGGCGUCAGGAGGGCUUUUAACUUUGUGGGAAUCUUCUGAGGUGGAGGUUUGGUCGACUGAAAGCCGUGAGCAUGUUUUGUGGUGUCAUGGUCGGUUUCUUAGGACCAGGGAUGAGUUUCAUGUGGCAAAUGUCUAUGCGCCUUGCGAUGAUGGGGCUAAGCAAGGGUUGUGGGAUUAUUUCUCGGUGCGUCUCGACUCGUUGGUAGGGAAGAAGGUGUGUGUGUGCAGGGAUUUUAACGCUAUCAAACACAUUGAUGAAAGAAGGUCGGUUAGGGACGGGCAUCGAUCCUUGAAUCAUAUCCCUUUUAAUCGAUUUAUCGAAGAUAAUUCUCUGAUUGAUCUUUCCUUAAUUGGACGUAAGUUUACUUGGUUCAAAGGGGACGGUGUUUCGAUGAGCCGUCUUGACAGGUUUCUUUUAUCUGAGGAGUGGUGCUUGUCUUGGCCUAUCUGCAAGCAAGCAGCCAAGUUACGGGGGUUGUCUGACCAUUGUCCUCUGAUCUUGUCUGCGAACAAGGAAGAUUGGGGACCUCGUCCGUCGAGGAUCCUUAAGUGUUGGAAGGAUAUACCCGGUUAUAAUGCGUUUGUCAGAGAAAAGUGGAAUUCGUUUCAGGUUGAUGGCUGGGGUGGUUAUAUGCUCAAGGAAAAACUCAAGAUGAUUAAGGUGGCUCUGAGAGAUUGGCACAUGGCUCAUGCUCAAAAUCUUCCUAGUCGCAUUGAAUCUUUGAAGUUUAGGCUGUCAGCCCUCGAUGAGAAGGGGGAGGAAGAUGCUCUUUCUGAGGCGGAGUCAGCCGAGCUUCAUGGGGUUUCGUAUGAUAUUCAUUCGCUGUCUAAGCUGCAUGCCAGCAUCAGUUGGCAACAAUCUCGGUCGUUGUGGCUUAAGGAAGGGGACGCUAACUCUAAGUACUUUCAUUCGGUUUUGGCAAGUCGCCGCCGUAGGAAUGCUAUAUCCGUUAUUCAGGUUGAUGGUGUUACGUUGGAGGGGGUGAUUCCAAUUAGGCAGACGGUGUUUUCGCAUUUUGAGUCUCACUUUAAGGCACCUAAUGUGGAGAGGCCGGGGGUUGACGACCUUCAAUUUAAGCGGUUGAACCAGGUGGAGAUUGGAGGUUUAAUCAAACCUUUUUACGGAGGCUAA